UGUCCGGUGGCGGAGGGCGGCGGGGCGGGGCGAGGCGAGGCGAGGCGGCGGGGACGGGAGCAGCGGGGCCGCGGCUCUCCCUUGGGCCGCGCCGGGCCGCACCGCACCGCACCGCCGCCAUGGAGACGCUGUACCGCCUGCCCUUCGCCGUGCUCGAGUGCCCCAACAUCAAGCUGAAGCGGCCGGGCUGGGUGCACAUGCCCUCGGCCAUGACCGUGUACGCGCUGGUGGUGGUGUCCUACUUCCUCAUCACCGGAGGGAUUAUCUAUGACGUGAUUGUGGAACCUCCCAGCGUGGGGUCGAUGACAGACGAACACGGCCAUCAGAGGCCGGUGGCCUUCCUGGCAUACAGAGUAAAUGGGCAAUAUAUUAUGGAAGGGCUCGCAUCCAGCUUCCUCUUCACAAUGGGUGGCCUAGGAUUCAUAAUUCUGGAUCGAUCCAAUGCACCAAAUAUCCCCAAGCUGAAUAGGUUUCUUCUGCUCUUUAUUGGAUUUGUCAGCGUGCUUUUAAGCUUCUUCAUGGCCAGAGUUUUCAUGAGGAUGAAAUUACCGGGCUACUUGAUGGGUUAGUACCUCUUGUGAUAUAUGAAAGCCCAAGCCGAAUUUACUCCUGUUCAUGAAGUGCUUAAGAAGCAGCAUCAAGAAACAAAUUCCAUAGUCACCAUCAACAGGAGAGACACCUGGCCAUGAGAAACAACUGGGGGAGGAGUGCUUUCUCUGCAAACAAACUCUCACUACCAAUGGCUGAUUUGUAGUUUUGAAGCAAUGUUUUUAUCAUUUCUGUUUUAGAGCUUUUGAAAAGGGCAAGUUACCUAGCUGGGUUUUUCUUUUGUAUCCCAACUCAGUAUGAAAUAGAGAACCUAUCUUUAGCUCUACAUGAAAUGAGUAUUAGCCAUUGGCUUGACAGUUCUUUAUUGCAGGCCUGUCUCCUCUUCCCUGUGUGGGACAAUUACAUGUGUGAAUCAGAGAAGAAACACCUGAAACAUUUCUUUCCAAGUUAUAAUUAGAAAAUUAAUAACUUUGGAUGCUUUACAGUCAAAAUACGAUGUGUCUGAAAUUAUUUCAAAGGCACCUUUUGCCUUGAUAUUAAUGGCUCUAUGUGAGCAAAUCCAGACGUGCACUGAGAAAGAUAAACUGAAUGUGCAUUUCUUUUCGAAAAAGUGUACGAAAGGAGCCAAAUAAAACUUAUUUUCUAGAAAAUUA